AUGCUGGAGGACUUGGACAAAGAAUUCGACGACCAUCCGUCACUGGAUGCGUCGCUGGAAGAUUUUGAGAAUAAUAGCAAUGCGCAUCGGUCCCCAUUGUUCUUACCAUCGCAACAUUCGGGUUUUCGCUCUGAAGAAUCAGAUGGUGAGAUGGAUGAACCCGAACCAGCCGUUCGCUGGUCGCCACCAGGUUUUGAACCGGCUCCAGGCUUUCGCCAACAUGAUUACAUCCAAGGAAGUGGCUGGUAUCGUCAUCAACCUUAUUCGCGCAGAGGAGGGAAUUUGGAUGAACGCUUAGAGCUGCGACCAACCAUGGGUCACAGUUUGUCGCCAUCAAUGUCGCGCGAACCCAGUCCCCAAUAUGAAGAUGCGCUCGAAGUGCCGCGUAAAAACAAACCAAGUGAUGAUUCUGAUGUCACUGCCGCGGCAAAUGUGCCUUUACCGGCGGACGUGGGGACCCCGCAGACUGGACGAUCUCCAAGUCCUUGUCCACCGAAGAAACCGGUGAUGGCGGCGCAACCCCAUACUGACGAUGAUAGACUGGGCCUUGGGGCGGAAAAUCUGAGUAAUUUGCGAGCAGAAGUCCAGCAUCGAGAACCGAUUGCUGCGUUAUGCAGCUAUAUGCGCAAACAAUUCGAUCGCAUCACUAGCUCCAAAUCAAAUGCCACACUAUCGGUUUUGGUGUUUUUCAUCUCAAUCGCAUUUAUGCGCGCCUUGUUCUUACCAGGGUUGCCGCAAGCGAUUCCGGAUCUGGUGAAACUUUCUGGCUUUGCGCGAUCCUUCGAACCAUUAAUAUAUUAUUCGGAGAAUGGUGUUCAGCAGAUUGGUACUCUGCAAGAAACAGGGGUAGCGGUUUGGGAUCUGAGUGAGUCAGUGCGUGGAACAAACAUGACUAGUGCGCCUAUCAUUGUACGGCAACUCGAUGAGCUAUCCGAUUCACUAAAGUCACUGUCUCUUGAGUUGACCCGAUUUUUCGCCAACGUUGAUUCGGAUAUUGAUUCCAUCCUUAUCGUCAUGGACUGGGCCAAACGUGAACUUGAAACAUUAUCUGCCCAACCACCAAGUACCUUACCGACCAUCGUCUUCGACAACGUUCACAACAUGUUAUCACGACUCGGCGCAUUGGAACGUACCGGCGAAGUCUCAGAUGGCAGUGUCUCAGCUACAACCACAACCACAGCAUUCGGACAUCUCGUCAUGGCCAUCCUCGGCCCGACAUCUGCUCAGCGCACCCGCGCCACCAUCACACGCACCUUCACCGAAUUCCUCUCUGUGCUCGAAGAAUCCAUCAAUAGCGAGCUCACACACUCCACCGCCCUCUUCGCCCUUUUCGAGUCUAUCGACCGCCAAUUCCUGAACCUCCAACGAACUGUCGUACGGGAAUCCGAUGCCCAAGAGCGUGCAGAGGGUGAAAUGCUCAGUUCCCUCUGGACCCGCGUUCUGGGCCCCGACGCCGUCGCCGUUCGUAAAUAUGAAAAGAACAAGCGACUCCUCGCUAAUGUUCGAAGCCGCACGGUCGCAAACAAACAUCUCCUAGUCGAUCAUCGUGGCCGCCUGUUAACCCUCAAGGUUAACCUUGAAACCUUGCGCCGGAAGUUAGUCAGCCCACUUGUACGUCGCAAUGAUUCUGUCAGCUUCAUGAGUGUAGAUGGCAGUUCUGCAGCGGGGAACUCUGGUGCUGCAGGCCGUAUGCAUGGACCCGUUGAGUCUGUAAUCGACGGGCAAAUCCGGGGUUUGGAGGGCACAUACGAUUACCUGCGGUCUGUUCGCGAACGACAAAAAGCAAAACUGAUGGAGAUGGUAUAUGGGUCUGGCCGAAAGCCACCACAGUCCAUACUUGGAGGGAUAGAUGGAGACGAACUUGGUAUUGAAGGUGCAUAG